CACCCCUCAGUGAGCCUGAUGUGGAUUCUGGCACUAGGUGGGGUUUUCCUGGCAGCUGCCCAGGCCUGUGUCUUCUGCCGCCUCCCAGCCCACGACUUGUCAGGCCGCCUGACUCGGCUCUGCAGCCAGAUGAAGGCCCAGUGGAAGGAAUGUGAGGCCUCCCAGAAUUUCUCAGCCUUUGCCUUAGAUGAGGUGUCUAUGAACAAAGUCACAGAGAAGACUCACAGAGUCCUGAGGGUCAUGGAGAUCAAAGGGUCUCUCUCCGCUCUCCCUUCCUAUUGGCAAUGGCUUCAAAAGACCAAGCUCCCUGAGUCCACCAGGGAAGCUCUCUGUGCUCCCGCCUGCCGGGGCAGCACCAUCCUGUACAACUGCUCCACCUGCGAGGGCACCGAGGUAUCCUGCUGGCCCCGAAAACGCUGCUUCCCAGGAAGUCACGACCUUUGGGAUGCCAGGAUUCUGCUCCUCUCUGUCUUCGGGAAUGUCCUCCUGCUGGGUGUCCUGAGCUUCCUGGUGGAGUCCCGCCACCUCCAAGCAAAAAGUGACUUGUGAAGAGGCUGACAACCUCCCAGCCCCAGCUCUAAGGAGAUGUGCCCAUAACUUCCACAUCCC